ACCCAAAAACCAAGAAUGAGUUUCCUAAGCCAUGACAAUAUUGGAGGAGGAGGCAUGGUUGCGGCUCUGAACGCGAAGGUGUAUGGAAAUGGCAAUGAAACCCUAGUCCUCUCUCAUGGUUAUGGGUCGGACCAGACCGUCUGGCACGUCCUUGUCCCCACCUUGCAUGCUACUUCAAACUCAUUGUUUUCGACUUGGUCAUCUCCCCUAACGUCGAUCCUAAGCUCUACGAAAGUACUCGAGUUUUGAGGGAUUUACCCACGACUUGAUCUCCCUUCUCGAUAAGCUAAACGUAACUAAGACUAUCUAUGUGGGUCACUCCAUGUCUGCCAUGAUCGGAUGCUUAGCUGCAACUAAAAGGCCUGAGCUUUUCCAACACCUUGUCCUACUCAAUGGAUCUCCAAGGUACCUGAAUACAAAAGGAUAUUAUGGGGGAUUUGAGAGAUCAGAUAUUGAUUCCAUCUUCAUCAGUAUAGAAAAAAAUUUCUGAAAUUGGGUUCAGAAUUUUGUUCCAAAGGUCAUCAGCGUGAACAACACGGUGGCGGUGUCAGAGAUUGAGCGCAGCUUAGAGAGGAUGAAGCCAAACAUUGCACUCAGUGCUGCUAAAACUGUAUUGCUCAGUGACCUGAGAAGGAAGCUGCCAGAAGUUGUAGUGCCUUCCGCCAUAAUUCAGUCUAGCAAAGAUUACAUCGUUCCAAAGUUUGUGGCAUUUUAUAUGAAGAAGCAAAUCGGGAGUCAAGCCAAGAUGAAGAUCCUCAAAGCAGAAGGUCAUUUCCCUCAUCUCACAGCUUACCCUUUGCUUUUGAAAGUGUUGAAGAGAGUCCUUCACAUCAAAGGAUAAUAUAUAGAGAAAAGAAUAAUUAAUCACUCCCUAAUAAUAGUUGAUGAAUUUUUUUUUAGUAUAUACAUUGAAGAAGAAGGAUUUGAAUUCAUCUAUUAUCAUGUACUUUACCAAUUUAGUUAUUAUAAAUAUGAAAUUGUACG